GAAUCUAUAGGGCGCCAGCUUACGAUCAGAUAUCGUCAUUAGCAACAGUACCUCUCGAAAGUUCUAAUUAUUGCUGAGCAAGAUGAUGCAACCACAGAUAAUCGUGUUGAAGGAAGGGACCGAGGCUUCUCAGGGAAGAUCUCAGGUGGUCAGUAACAUCAAUGCUUGCCAAGUGGUAUCUGAUGCUGUCCGUACAACCCUCGGCCCCAGGGGAAUGGACAAGCUCAUCGUAGAAGGAAGUGGUCGGGUUACGAUAUCAAAUGAUGGAGCCACCAUAGUAAAACUUCUUGACAUUGUUCAUCCGGCUGCCAAGACGUUAGUAGAGAUCUCAAAGUCACAGGAUGCAGAGGUUGGUGAUGGCACGACAACGGUGACCCUUCUAGCAGCUGAAUUCCUCAAGCAGGUGAAGACCUUUGUAGAAGACAAGGUCCACCCCCAGGUGAUCAUCAGGGCCUACAGGAAGGCCACUCAGCUAGCCGUCGACAAGAUCAAGGAGAUAGCUGUCAGGGUGCCCAAGGAAGAUGUCGAAGAGCACAGGAGCCUCCUCAGGAAGUGCGCUGCUACCACCCUUAGUUCCAAACUCGUAGCCAGUCAAAAGGAUUUCUUUGCUAACAUGGUUGUGGAAGCAGUCAGCUGUCUGGAUGAUCUUCUACCCAUGGACAUGAUUGGUAUCAAGAAGGUCCAAGGAGGUGCUCUGGAGGAUUCAAUACUGGUAGCAGGUGUAGCAUUCAAGAAGACAUUUUCCUAUGCAGGGUUUGAGAUGCAACGUAAGAAGUAUGCCACCCCCAAGAUUGUUCUUCUAAACGUGGAGCUAGAGCUGAAAUCAGAGAAAGAGAAUGCUGAAAUCAGGGUAGAGAGCGUUGAGGAUUACCAAGCAAUUGUCGAUGCUGAAUGGUCAAUCUUGUAUGACAAACUGGAGAAGAUUCACAAGAGUGGAGCUAAGGUAGUCCUAUCCAAGCUUCCCAUCGGUGACGUAGCUACACAGUUCUUUGCUGAUAGGGAUAUGUUCUGUGCUGGUCGGGUGGUCGAUCAAGAUCUCAAGCGUACCAUGCAGGCAUGUGGUGGCGCCAUCCAAACAUCCAUACAUAGCCUGACCGAUGAUGUCCUCGGAACGUGCGAGCAGUUUGAAGAGAAUCAGGUUGGAGGAGAAAGGUAUAACUUCUUUACAGGUUGUCCCAAGGCCAAGACAUGUACUCUCAUCCUCCGCGGUGGUGCUGAACAGUUCAUUGAGGAGACGGAGCGUUCCCUUCACGAUGCUAUCAUGAUCGUUAGGAGAGCUAUUAAGAAUGAUUCUGUGGUUGCAGGUGGAGGUGCCAUUGAGAUGGAGCUUAGUAAGUUCUUGAGGGAUCAUUCCCGAACCAUAGCUGGCAAGCAGCAGAUUCUCAUAGGUGCAUAUGCUAAGGCAUUGGAAAUCAUACCCAGGCAGCUUUGUGAUAACGCUGGCUUUGAUGCCACCAAUGUACUCAACAAACUCAGACAGAAGCACGCACAAGGUGGUACUUGGUUCGGAGUGGACAUCUACAGUGAAGAUGUAGCGGACAACUUUGAGGCUUGCGUGUGGGAGCCCUCUAUAGUCAAGAUAAACGCCCUGACGGCCGCCUCCGAGGCUGCCUGCUUGAUCCUCUCCGUCGACGAGACCAUCAAGAACCCCAAAUCAUCAGCACCUUCGGACGAUAGACCGUACAAACCCAUGGGCAGAGGCAGAGGACGGCCACGCUAACGUAACUUAACUUUCUAGAUGAUUAUUCAGUUUUGUCGUCGUUAGUAAAUGUGAUCAAUGUUGCGCUCCUCAAAAAUAAACAGUGAUAGAUAUGUGAACAAUUCAUUUCCAGCCAGAUGUAUGUGGGACCUUUCUGAUAUUUUUUUGUCUCUGCUUUCUCAUUCAUUGAAAUUUUGUAUUAUGCUAGCCUGAUCAGUUCGUGAACUGUGGAGAAAAAAAAAGGGGGUCAGAAAUCUGAAAUGUUUAUUAUUUUCAGGAAUUGCACCUAUGUCAUUGUUCAUGUAUAAGUAUGGAGCUGUUUGCUUUAUACUCAUAUGCGAAUGGUCAGAGGAGAAGAUUGAUUUUCCUCGUAUACGAGCAUGAGGCUAUUUGGAAUAAACAUAAACAUAAAUUAAUAUGAUGCAAUAUGAGUACUCUUCAGGGAUUGGGUCAUGUACACGGCCCUGUUCACAUUACAAACAAAUUGACGGCUUAGGUAAGGAAAAUGAUUAGAAACAUGCUUUCAAGCAGUUUUGAAAUGAUUUUAAAGCUGUUUUUAGUUGAAAUAACUUUGUGUUAACAGAAUCGCUAUCCAUUCUCAGGAUUCGAUCACAAUUUUCCAUUUAGAAAGUGCACUUUCAACUCAGUUAUGGAGCAUUGCGGUCAGUCACUUUUUUCCUUGGCAUUUAAUUUGUGAACCUGAUUUCAUUCAUAUUUCAACAUGUUUGCCUGUCGAAUGCUAGUUUGUGAGCAUUCAUUAUUCCACUCUUCAGUGUUGAGUAAUGCAAUUGGUAUAAAAUUAACAAAAGAGGGUUGCAUUCAAAGAGAGCUUGGGCCCAUUUAAAAAAAAAAGUUGAAUUUAAACACCACUCAAAACAAAUCAAGCACAAAUCCUUAAUAUGCAUCUUUCAUUACUAGAGGAAGGAGAAGAAGAAUUGGUUGAAAAUCAAGUUGCGAUUGAUUUUUUGAGUUGCGUUUGAUUUUUUGAGUUGCGUUUGAUUGCAACUCUUUGUGCAACUGUCCCCAGGACCCACAACACUAAGCUCUAUGCUUGAUUGGAGGGCUCAUUUCAUUACAUUGAUCAUUAUGUGCAAUCGAUCAUACAAACCAACCAUACGAUCAAUCAUUAAGUUUUGUGCUACAUGCCCCUAGAGUGUGAAGAAUUUAUUCACUUUGAUAUUGAUCUAUUUUGCUUUUCAUGGGCCAGUAUUUGGAAAGUGGAAUCUCUUUUAUCUCUUAUUUCAUCUUUGCUCUUUCAAAUGUAAAAAAAAAUGGAAGAAAAGGCUCAAUCAUGAUAUAUACAGUAUAUGGAAUUUAGAAACUUGCACCUCUUGACCAACACACAAAUCAUAAAUGCAUGGUUUUUACCCAAUUGCCAAACCAAUUUCUGAUUGCAUUGACAAAACAAAAUUUUCAGAGAUCGCCUUGGUGAUUGAUUCAAUGGUGAACAGGGGGAGGGGAUUCAUGUAGCAUCUUGUUUAUAGUUACCGUUACUGACCGCUGUUAUAAGCUACUGAAAUCCUUACAUCUGAUUUGCUGGAAGCAAGUUUGUCAGUAAAAAUCACCGACAAGCUGCUCCGUUAAAUGCUUUCCAGCAGGUUACAGAUUGUUUAAACUAAAAAAAAGAAUUAAACUUAAUACAUGUAUGAUCGACACAUGUGGUCAUUUGAAGAGAUAUGCAAUGUAUAGAUGUUGGCACUAGUACACUUAUUUUGUUUGAGUUUCCAUGUUAAUGCACAUUCUCACAAGGUCACCGUGGAGAUCACGAAAGAUAUUUAUUUUUUGUAACGUAAAUUAUUCCUCUGUGAGGUUAAAAUCUAAAUGAACUUGAGAAAGCUGUUGUAAGUUUGACCAACUUGUGUUUCAUAAACCAUGAAGUUGCACAUCAGGUCUUUAGGGAAAUAGGGUAAAAGAUGACACACAUGUAACUUGAUACAGAGUCUCCGAGAAGCCAGUGCGAUUGCAAAAGUUAUGGGGUCUUCAUCGCCGGGCAGCAGACUUGGGCCUCCUGUUCAGAUUGAAAUGUGGUUUCCUGAUUAUCCAG